CCGGAUGCCGCCAGCGCGCGCGCGUGAAACUCCACCGAAUAAAUACAAAGUCCCCGUGCGAAAACACCGAUCACACGGCCAAUUGCCUUUCUGUUUGAAUAAUCUGAGCAUCGCAAUGCCGUCGUACUAAGUGCCGCGUCACGGAUACAACCCAAUACCGAAAAACCCAGCGCAAGCAUACAAGGCGCCUAUAGUCUGUCAAUCACCUAUAAUACAAUCAGAAAGUCACAAUGACGACUCGUCUCGAUCGUCUCGUCCUUCUCCUCGACACCGGGUCGACACAGCUCGUGCGACACACCGCUGCCUCGCAACUCGCCGACAUUCAGCGCCAGCAUCCGCAUGAGCUGUACAAUCUGCUCGGGCGCGUCGUUCCCUACUUGAGAGCAAAGACAUGGGAGACAAGAGUCGCGGCUGCGAAGGCGGUGGGAGGGAUCGUCGAUAACGUCGAGGGGUUUGAUCCCAAUGGCGAGGAUGAGGAGGACGUCGAAAUGGAGGACGCAGCAAAGAUCACGGAGGUAAAGGAGGAAGAGGUAACCGGGGUGAUCAAACCUGCCGACGCAGACGAUUACCAAGACGCAUCGGAACCGAAAGUCAAACAGGAACCCCUCGACCUCCCCAAACCACCCCCCUCGAAACGCACCCCCUCCGACCUAAAGAUCGACCUCCCCCCACCUUCCCUGCCGCGCAAAGCCAUCGACACAACCCUCCACCUCUCAACCCUCUCCCUCCCCCAAAUCCUCACCCGCGGCCGCAAACUCCUCGGCUCAGCCGGUAGUGAAUACGAGGUAUCCUGGGGCGACCUCCCACCCUCCGAACGCCUCGCGUUCCAGAAGAGGAAUUUGAUGGGGAGAUUGGGAUUGGGGAGUGAGGUCAUGUCAAAGGAAGAGCAGGAGGAGUUAUUCGGUGAUAAAGACCUGAGCACACCAGUUCCUGGUCAACAAACACCCCGGGUACCAUUCCCUCCCUCGGGACGUAUGCCACCACCAAUGGCCUCCCCCGCCAACCCAUCCGCUCUGCAAACACCGAGACUGCAGAAGGAUAGCUCAACGAUGAGUGCAGGAACUGGAGCGAUGCAACCCCCAACCCCCGGCAGCGCCAUCGGCGAAGACGGCCUCUCCGCCCGCCAACGCAACGCACUAAAACGCAAAGCCAAAGCCGCCGGUAAAAACGCCUCCUCUUCCUCCAAAAUUCGUGUCGUCGACCUGCAGGGUCCGUCUGCGCACCCACUCACUACUCCCUCUGCGGAGACACCAGCGGGAUUGGCGGAGCCGACGCCGAAGGGGUUGGUGAAGCAGGAGAGUAAGGGUGACUAUUUCUCGAUUACGCCGCAGGCGCAGUCGAACAAGGUCGUUGUUGAGCAUAAGGCGCCGCCACCGAACCCCUCUGCUGCGUUGAUCGGGUCGAAUGGGCAAUGGCCAUUCGAGGCUCUCGUGGACCUUCUGCUCGUGGACCUUUUCGAUCCGGUGUGGGAGGUUAGACAUGGUGCCUCCAUGGGUCUUCGCGAGGUUUUGCGGAAACACGGGGCUGGAGCGGGGAGGAAGGUGGGAUUAAACAGGAAAGAGAAUAAUGAACGGAAUAAAGUGGUGCUUGAAGAUUUAGCCUGUCGUGUCUGCGCCGUCUUCGCACUCGAUAGAUUCGGUGAUUACAUCUCCGACCAAGUCGUCGCUCCGAUCCGCGAAUCCGUUUCUCAAACAUUCGGAGCGCUGCUGCAGCAUUUACCGGAAGAAUCAGUGGUAGCGUGUUUCGAUGUGCUGUUGAAACUCGUUUUCCAGAAUGACCCGGGGAUGGGAACGAAGGUUUGGGAGGUUACGCAUGGUGGUAUGUUGGGGAUGAAAUACCUCGUUGCUGUACGUCGUGAUAUUAUUUUCUCGCGACCGGCAUUGUUGGAUGGGCUCAUUCGUGCUGUCGUACACGGUCUCGCCGACCACGACGACGACGUCCGUGCGGUGAGUGCAGCGACCCUCGUCCCUAUCGCAGAAGAUUUCAUCGAAGCGAGACCGAAUGCGGUGGGUGAGUUGAUCGAUGUCGUAUGGUCCUGUCUUGCGGAUUUGAAGGAUGACCUGUCAGCGUCGACCGGAAGCGUUAUGGAUCUUCUGGCCAAAUUGUGCGCGUUCCCGAAGGUUUUGGAUAUCAUGAAAUCGAGAGCUGCCACCGAUGUCGAACGCGGGUUCGGGGUUUUGGUACCGAGGUUGUAUCCCUUCCUUAGGCAUACGAUUACGAGUGUGAGAAUGGCUGUACUCAGGGCUCUUCUGACAUUCUUGGGUAUCGACGGCGAGGGGACGCGUGGAUGGGUUGAUGCGAAGGCUGUCAGGCUUAUCUUCCAGAACAUGCUGGUGGAACAGAACGAGCAGAUCCUCGCUCUCACGCUGCAAGUAUGGGAACCGAUGGUUGCUAUCCUGGCUAAGGAGAACAGACUGGUGGAGGCCAUGGGCGGACAAUUUAUGCCGCUCAUGACACUUCUCAUGACCCCAAUCGGUAUUGCACGUCAUCCAAUUCCUAUGGAGACGAGCUUGUUCAUGAGGCCUAGUGGACAGGCGUUCUAUUCCGCUGUACAGUCACAAGCUCCAAACGAGCCCGCCAAGAAGAAGCGAAAGAUGUCGACGAAGCCGCUGGUGGAUGACAUCCCUUCUACACCGGUUCCACAUAACGUCGAUGGACCGAUGAUGGCGGGAGAUGUCGACCUGGUCGGUAUGGACACCAUCAUCCGUACCCGAAUUACCGCUGCGAUCGCUAUGGGUAUGGCAAUGGGCGCGUGGCCAAAGGACACAGUGCAGGCCUCCUUCGGGCCAUACUUGGACGCAAGCAUCACUGCGCCGCACUCCACAGGUAGGCUGUUAAGUAUGACCAUCAUCGAGGAGUACGUUAAGCUCGCCAAGGAGGAGAACACGUUCAAGGAGGGUAUCAGGCCUACCUUGGGUAACUUGCUCAACAUGGCCGCACCAGGUGCUUACAGCAACUUGUUCCCUUACCUCCGGAUCGUCCGUGGCCAGUGUCAUGCAUUGCACAACACCUUCAUUCAGGACGGAAAGAUCAAACCAUCGUCUGUGCCGACCAUUGCUGUCGUUGUGCAGGGUGAACCUGAGGCUGGACCCAAUGCUUUCAGCCUUGAGGAUGCCGAAAAGAUCGUCAGUGUUGAGUUCGACAAGUUGAAGAAGAUGAUCAAGGGUCCUGACAAGAUCAUGUCCGCGAAACCAUUGGCGGAUGCAAAGGCAAGUGCGUUGAACGCCAUCGCUGAAGCCCGCGAAGCCAAGGAGAAGCACGACGUUAUGGUCUUCGCUGCUGCUGCGGCCGCAUAUGUCGCUAUGGGACAGCUUCCUGCCAAGUUGAACCCGGUUAUCAGGAGCAUCAUGGACAGCAUCAAGAAGGAGGAGAACACCGUCCUUCAGCGCCGUUCUGCGGCGGCUGUUGCUACUUUGGUUGAGCUCUGUGCUACCGGCGGCAAGGGAGCUGCUUCAGACAAGAUGAUCAAGAAUCUUUGCGCGUUCUUGUGUGUCGAUACCUCUGAAACUCCAGAGUUCAUGCGUCACAUCAAGCUUCAGGACGUCAUCUUCUCACUCAAGAAGGAAGAUCGCGAAGCUGCAAUGCCCGAAACUGGUGAACAUGAACGCGAAGCUCGCGAGGCACGCACGAAGCGCAGGGGUGCUCAGGCUGCUUUGGAGGAGAUGGCUGAGCGCUUUGGUAUGCAGUUGUUCGAGAAGGCAAAGAAGUUGCGUGACUGCAUGUUCGAGCCUCUGAGCAAAGCUUUCAGUGGACCACAGCUCCCCGCCGAAAUCUCCGACCCGCAGUCUGCAUUUGGUCAGGAGGUCGUUGACGGUUUCUCUGUCCUCAAAGCGCUCGUCUCCAAGAUCCAUCCCGAUCUUUGUGGAAGCGUCGUUCAGCAGUUUCCUCUCAUCAUCAAAGCACUCGAAGCACCUUACUCCGUCAUUCGUUACGCGGCCUCCAAGUCGUUUGCAACCGUCUGCAAGACUUCUACCAUUGAGGGCAUGCAAGCAGUCAUUGAAAAGGUCCUGCCGAUGGUCUCUGACCCGCAUAAUGUCAAGCGCAGACAGGGAGGUAUGGAAUGUAUCUACCAUCUUGUACAGACCAUGGACACUGAGAUUUUGCCAUACGUCAUCUUCCUCAUCGUCCCUGUGCUUGGUCGUAUGAGUGACGCCGAUAACGACGUUCGUCUUGUUGCUACCACGACGUUCGCCACUCUUGUGAAACUCGUACCGCUCGAGGCCGGUAUCCCCGACCCUCCGGGUAUCUCUGAGGACCUCCUCAAGGGCCGUGACGAAGAGCGGAAGUUCAUCGCACAAAUGCUUGACGGAAGCAAGGUGGAGCCAUUCGAGUUGCCGGUCGCAAUCAAGGCCGAUCUGCGCAAGUACCAACAGGAAGGUGUCAACUGGUUGUGGUUCUUGAACAAGUACCAUCUCCAUGGUAUCCUCUGUGACGACAUGGGUCUCGGAAAGACGUUGCAGACAAUCUGUAUCGUUACCUCCGACCACCACAUUCGCGCCGAGAAGUACGAAAAGAACCAAGCGCCCGAGUUCAGGCGUCUUCCAUCUCUCAUCGUUGCUCCGCCAACUUUGUCAGGACACUGGAAGCAGGAAAUCAUGACCUACGCUCCGUUCAUGAAGCCAGUCGUUUACACCGGUCUUCCCUUCGAACGCGCCGCACUUCGUAACUCUCUGCACAAGUAUGACAUCGUCAUCACCUCUUACGAAAUCUGCCGUAACGACAUCGAGGAGCUUUCGAAGCAAAACUGGAACUACUGUGUAUUGGACGAGGGCCACAUCAUCAAGAACGCCAAAGCCAAAUUGACGCAGGCCGUUAAGAGGCUCAAGGCUGAACACCGCUUGAUCUUGUCCGGUACUCCUAUCCAAAACAACGUUCUCGAGUUGUGGUCUCUCUUCGAUUUCUUGAUGCCGGGAUUCUUGGGAACGGAACGAGUUUUCAACGAGCGUUUCGCGAAGCCUAUCGCAGCAUCUCGUGACAGCAAAUCUUCCUCCAAGGAACAAGAAGCCGGUGCCCUCGCCCUCGAGGCAUUACACAAACAAGUCCUGCCAUUUCUCCUCCGUCGUCUCAAGGAAGACGUCCUCGCCGACCUACCACCAAAGAUCAUCCAAGACUACUACUGCGAGCUCUCCAGCGUCCAAAAACAACUUUACGAAGAUUUUGCAAAGAGCCAGGGUGCCGAAGUCGCGGGCGUAAUCAACGAGAAGGGCAAGGACAACAAAUCGCAUGUCUUCCAAGCAUUGCAGUACAUGAGAAAGCUGUGUAACCACCCCUCCCUCGUCCUCAACCCAAGCCAUCCAAAGUACACGCAAGUCAUGUCCCAACUCGCCGCUCAAAACUCGCAAAUCAAGUCAAUCGAGCACGCGCCCAAACUCGGUGCCCUCAAAGACUUAUUACAAGACUGCGGUAUCGGCGUCCCACCUUCCGCCGCAGACCCCGUCGCAGCAGCAGCGGGCGGUGGCGUGGUAAAUCAACACCGUGCACUCAUUUUCUGCCAACUCAAAGAAAUGCUCGACAUGGUCGAACACGACGUCCUCAAAAGCCACCUCCCAGGCGUCUCCUACAUGCGUCUCGACGGCUCAAUCCCCGCCCCCGCCCGUCACGAAAUCGUCCAAAAAUUCAACGCGGACCCCUCAAUUGACGUCCUCCUCCUCACCACCCACGUCGGUGGGUUGGGGUUGAACUUGACAGGCGCCGACACGGUCAUCUUUGUCGAACAUGACUGGAACCCGAUGAAGGAUUUACAGGCCAUGGACCGUGCACAUCGGAUUGGACAGAAGAAGGUGGUGAAUGUGUAUCGACUCAUUACGCGUGGGACGUUGGAGGAGAAGAUCAUGGGGUUGCAGAGGUUCAAGUUGAAUAUUGCGUCGAGUAUUGUUAAUCAGCAGAAUUCAGGGUUGGCGACGAUGGAUACGGACCAGAUUUUGGAUUUGUUCAACCUUGGCGAAACUGCACCGGCGGAAAAGAGGGAUGGGGACGCUGAGGGGGGUGUUGAUGCUGAAGGCAAUGUCGUCAAGAAGGGUGGCGCGAAGAAUAUCUUGGAUGAGGUGCCCGAGUUGGGGGCGUGGGAUGAAGGGCAGUACCAGGAGGAGUACAAUUUGGAUGGGUUCAUUGCUAGUUUGAAGCGUUGAACGAUGUAGUAGUUUAGGCGUUGGGAAGUUAUAAACUGGUGUUACGGAGUGCUAUGGGAAUUUUGGCAUAUUUUAGAGGCAAGGC